AUGGAAGUGCCGAUUACCAUUGACUCUGGUAGUAACGCAGACUUCAUAGGACUGGAUUUCCUUCAAGAGCACAACAUAGCACUCCUGCCAGCCACGCUGCCUCUGAAAGUUGUCACGGUGGAUGGCAGGGAAUUGCUGGGGGCAGGUGGUGCAGCAAACGCCUCCGAUGGUGAUGCAAAUUGGGAAUCACCGAGAAGUCAUCAGCUUCAAUGUCACCCAACUGUCGGACACGCCUAUAGUAUUAGGCAUGAGUUGGCUGCACAGGCACAGCCCAGCAUUGGCGUGGUACCAGCGACAACUGACCUUCGGCUCCUCAUACUGUGCGGAACAUUGCAUUCUGCCUAG